UAAAGUUCACAUGUAAAUUAUGGAGUGAAUCUUGUGAUGGCGUAGUGGUGAAUCGAAGGCUAUAACAACUUGUGGGAAAUGGAGACUUUACGUUACUAGUUUUUAAUCAAACAUGACAAUCAAUUUGGGACGGAGAAGUUAUGUGAUAAUCACUGGUUAAAGAGGAGUCAAAUUAACCCUCAAGUAAACAGUCAUCUGAUUGAAGGCAGAAGAAUAAAGUUGAUGAAAACUACCCUGGUGUCAAGGUGGGUGAAUAGUGAUUAGUGAAUAGCCCCUGACCAAUUGCGUCUUUUUUCUUUUAGGAGACAACACUUAAACUUGCUGUCUAACUAAAUGCCAAGUUACAUUAUUGAUGGAUAGAUCAAAAAGCCUAGUGGAUCAAUUUACAUAGUCAAACAGACUUAACAAAACAAGAAGAUGAAAUUUUGAAGGGAUCUAUAUAUCCUUAAACUCACAAUUCACUACUUAAUACGAAGAUCCCUUUCUCCUAAGGUCAUCUUCCUCCAAGUCCUUGCUAUAUGGCUAAUCCUCUGGUGAACAACAACAACAGCAACAGACUCUCUCUAGCCAUGGAGAGAACUGGCCAAUGGGUUUUUUCCCAAGAAAUUCCCACGGAUGUUGUUGUUCAUGUAGGAGGAGCCGCCUUUUCUCUUCAUAAGUUCAUGCUGGUAGCUAAGAGCAACUACAUAAGAAAAUACAUUCUUGAAUCUAGUGAUCCAGACCUAUCCGUGAUUGAUCUGUCGGAUAUCCCUGGUGGCCCUGAAAUCUUUGAGAAAACUGCCAAGUUCUGUUAUGGUGUAAAUUUUGAGAUCACGAUUCAAAACGUAGCCGCCUUGCGUUGUGCAGCUGAAUAUCUUCAAAUGACUGAUCAGUACUGCGACAACAACUUGGCCGGCCGGACCGAAGAUUUCCUUCAGCAAGUUGCCCUGCCUAGCCUCUCUGGAGCUCUUGUUGUCCUUAAAUCAUGUGAAAAUCUCCUUCCCCUGUCUGAAGACCUGAAAAUUGUCCAAAGAUGUGUUGAUGUCAUCAGCUCUAAGGCCUGUGUUGAGGCGAAUUUUCCGUGUCGUUCGCCACCAAAUUGGUGGACAGAGGAGCUAUCAAUCUUGGAUAUUAAGUUCUUUGGUAGAGUAAUUGCUUCAAUGAAGGCAAGGGGUGCGAAAUCCUUUACCAUAGCCAGUGCUUUAAUAACAUAUGCAGAGAAGUGCUUAAGAGAUCUUGUACGUGACCGAUCCGGGAGUGGAACCAUGACCAUUUUACCCAAUAACUCAGACCUCAGAACCCGGCAACAAGAACUUCUGGAAGACAUAGUUGGCCUCUUACCACCCGAAAAGGCGGCCUUGCCGAUUAACUUCCUUUGCUGUCUCCUCAGAGCUGCAAUUUACUUGGGAGCAGCUAGUAAAUGUAAGAAUGAGCUGGAGAAGAGGAUAUCGGCUAUACUGGAGCACGUGACGGUCGACGAUCUUUUGGUUCUGUCAUUUACUUAUGAUGGUGAGAGGCUGUUUGAUUUGGAGAGUGUGAGGAGGAUCAUAUCUAGCUUUGUGGAGAAAGAAAAGAGUGUCGCAGUUUUCAAUGCUGGGGAUUUCAGUGAAGCUAGCUCAGCUGCUAUGCUUAGAGUAGCUAAAACUGUGGAUGCAUACCUCAGUGAAAUUGCUACAUUUUCAGAUCUUAGUAUUUCUAAGUUCAAUGGGAUUGCUGUUUUGAUACCUAAAUUAGCUAGAAAGGUUGAUGAUGAUCUUUACCGGGCUGUUGAUAUCUACCUAAAGGUAAGUCAGCUAACUGAUUUCUACUUGAUUGCAUCUGUCAUAUAUUUAUAGCAUUGAUAUACUUCUAGUUUGUAGUGUUUACUGAAUUUGAAUAAUUGAUUUUGCUCGCAUAAGCAGCGUUUGAGUUAUGCUUUUGGCUUAUGCUAUGUUGAAAAGUCCAUAUACUGACAGAUCAAAUGCAUUUACAAGUUCACAUAACAAAAAGGGCUAAUUCAAAGCGAAUCAUUUGUUUGUGUAAAAUACAGGCUCAUCCGAAUCUAGAUGAGAUCGAGCGGGAGAAAGUUUGCAGUGUAAUGGAUCCAUUGAAGCUAUCGUAUGAAGCAAGACUCCACGCUUCACAGAACAAACGUUUGCCUGUACAAAUAGUACUUCAUGCACUCUACUAUGAUCAACUGAAGUUGAGAAGUGGAGCAGAUAAUGAUCACAAAAUGCCUAAUGCGAUAACUACAAGGAAUCAGCUCCAAGCUGAUGUAUCGCUGGUUAAAGAAAAUGAGGAACUGCGAACUGAGUUGUUAAAGAUGAAGAUGUACAUCUCUGAUCUGCAGAAAACACAAGGGAUACCAGCAAAAUCCAGUGCUGCCACGACGAGUUCACGAAAGCCGACUUUCUUUUCGUCCAUGUCCAAGACAUUGGGGAAACUGAACCCUUUCAAGCAUGGCUCUAAAGACACUUCUAAUAUAGAUGAUGCCUUACCAGAAGUUACCAAGCCAAGAAGAAGAAGGUUCUCUAUUUCCUAGAUGUGCUUCUCCCAAGUUUGAUCAUUCUCAUCUAUUGUGUUGUGUGUAGAGAUGAUGGUAUAUAAUUUUACAAUUUGGGGUGGGAACUGGCUAAAGUUUUUCUUCCUUGUUUUUUUUUUUUUUUUUUUGCUCUAUUUAGUUAAAUUCUGUUUUCAAGAUUUAUGCGUGUUUUGGUGACCAUGUUGAAUCAUAUCCCGUCUUAUUUUUCAUUUCCAUUAGGA